CAGUGGGAAGGCGCCGCAGGGAGAGCGCGCCGAGAGCAGAGCGCUAUAGCGGGCGGGUGGAGGGCUGUACGCUCCUGGCUGGGCCAUGUCUAUGCGUCCUUGCUGCAGGAGCCUCGGCUCCCCAGCUUCAUGCCCCGCUCCCUGAAAGCGCUCCCUUCGCCUUCGCAAUCAAACCCCACGAUUUUGCUCGAGCUGGGGCGAAGGGUAAGAAAGCUGCGAAACAGGAUGUGCUGAGGACCGCGAGGGCUCGCGUCCCGGGUGCCACCGUGGGUCCCGGCGUGGGAUCCCGAUUACUUGGGGCAACCUCUACGUUCCCAGUGCGUUCUCACAGCCCUACGCCGACCUUGAUGUGUAGAGACGAGCCGGACACCAUGAUCCUUACACAAAUUGAAGCCAAGGAAGCUUGCGAUUGGCUGAGGGUGACUGGUUUCCCCCAGUAUGCACAGCUUUAUGAAGAUCUCCUGUUCCCUAUUGAUAUUUCCCUGGUCAAGAGAGAACAUGAUUUCUUGGACAGAGAUGCCAUCGAAGCUCUCUGCAGGCGACUAAAUACUUUAAACAAGUGUGCAGUGAUGAAGCUUGAGAUCAGCCCUCACAGGAAGCGAAGUGAGGAUUCGGAUGAAGAUGAGCCUUGUGCGAUAAGCGGCAAAUGGACUUUCCAGAGGGAAAGCAAGCGGUGGUCCAGGCUUGAAGAGUUUGAUGUCUUUUCUCCCAAGCAGGAUCCAAUCCCUGGGUCCCCAGACGACUCUCACUUGCAGAGUGCCACAAGCCACGAAAGCAUGCUGACAGACCUCAGCGAGCGCCAGGAGGUGUCCUCUGUCCGGAGCCUCAGCAGCACCAGCAGCAGCGUCCCCACCCAUGUGCCCCGCGGCGGGGAUGAUGCCGCGACACCCCGAACUAAUUCUGUCAUCAGCGUCUGCUCCUCCAGCCACUUUGUCGGCAACGAUGACUCUUUCUCCAGUCUGCCUUCUCCCAAGGAACUGUCCAGCUUCAGUUUUGGUAUGAAAGGCCACGAGAAAAACACCAAGUCUAAGACACGGAGCCUGCUGAAGAGGAUGGAGAGCUUGAAGCUCAAGGGCUCACACCACAGCAAGCACAAGGCGCCUUCCAAGCUGGGCUUGAUCAUCAGUGCGCCCAUCCUGCAGGAGGGUAUGGACGAGGAGAAGCUGAAGCAGCUGAACUGCGUGGAGAUCUCGUCCCUCAACGGCAACCACAUCAAUGUGCCCAUGGUACGGAAAAGGAGCGUGUCCAACUCCACACAGACCAGCAGCAGCAGCAGCCAGUCAGAGACCAGCAGUGCUGUCAGCACACCUAGCCCAGUCACCAGGACACGGAGCCUCAGCACCUGUAACAAGCGGGUGGGCAUGUACCUAGAGGGCUUCGACCCUUUCAGUCAGUCUGCCUUUAACAACGUGACAGAGCAGAACUUUAAAAACCGCGAGAGCUACCCGGAGGACACAGUGUUCUAUAUCCCGGAAGAUCACAAGCCCGGCACCUUCCCCAAGGCCCUCUCCAAUGGCAGUUUCUGUCCCUCCGGGAGCAGUUCUGUGAACUGGAGGACUGGAAGCUUCCAUGGCCCUGGCCAUCUCAGCCUGCGGAGGGAAAACAGCAGCGACAGUCCUAAGGAACUGAAGAGACGCAAUUCCUCCAGCUCUCUGAGCAGCCGCCUAAGCAUCUAUGAUAACGUGCCGGGCUCCAUCCUCUACUCCAGCUCGGGGGACCUGGCUGACCUGGAGAACGAGGACAUCUUCCCGGAGCUGGACCACAUUCUCUACCACGUGAAGGGGAUGCAGCGGAUAGUCAACCAGUGGUCUGAAAAGUUUUCAGACGAGGGGGACUCGGACUCCGCCCUGGACUCUGUGUCCCCUUGCCCGUCAUCUCCAAAACAGAUACACCUGGAUGUGGACCAUGACCGAAGGACACCCAGUGACCUAGACAGCACAGGCAACUCCCUCAAUGAGCCCGAAGAACCCACUGACAUCCCAGAAAGAAGGGACUCUGGGGUGGGGGCCUCCCUGACCAGGUGCCACAGGCACAGACUGAGGUGGCACAGCUUUCAGAGCUCUCACCGGCCGAGCUUGAACUCUGUGUCUCUGCAGAUUAACUGCCAGUCCGUGGCCCAGAUGAACCUACUGCAGAAAUACUCACUUCUGAAACUGACGGCCCUGCUGGAAAAAUACACGCCUUCCAACAAGCAUGGAUUUAGCUGGGCUGUGCCCAAGUUCAUGAAAAGGAUCAAGGUUCCAGACUACAAAGACCGGAGUGUAUUUGGGGUUCCGCUCACUGUGAACGUACAGCGCUCAGGGCAGCCCCUGCCGCAGAGCAUCCAGCAGGCCAUGCGCUACCUCCGUAACCAUUGUCUGGACCAGGUUGGGCUCUUCAGGAAGUCAGGAGUCAAAUCCCGGAUUCAGGCUCUACGCCAGAUGAAUGAAAGCGCUGAAGAUUACGUCAACUAUGAAGGCCAGUCCGCUUAUGAUGUAGCAGACAUGUUAAAGCAAUAUUUUCGAGAUCUUCCUGAGCCCCUUAUGACGAACAAACUCUCUGAAACCUUCCUACAAAUCUACCAAUAUGUGCCCAAGGACCAGCGCCUCCAAGCUAUUAAGGCAGCCGUUAUGCUCUUGCCUGACGAGAACCGGGAGGUUCUCCAGACGCUUCUCUACUUCUUGAGCGAUGUCACAGCAGCUGUGAAAGAAAAUCAGAUGACUCCCACCAACCUGGCUGUGUGCUUAGCUCCCUCUCUCUUCCACCUCAACACUCUGAAGAGAGAGAAUUCUUCUCCGAGGGUAAUGCAAAGAAAACAGAGUUUGGGCAAACCAGACCAGAAAGAUCUGAAUGAAAACCUAGCCGCCACUCAAGGGCUGGCCCACAUGAUUGCUGAAUGCAAGAAGCUCUUCCAGGUUCCUGAGGAAAUGAGCCGCUGCCGCAACUCUUACACUGAGCAGGAGCUGAAGCCCCUUACGCUGGAGGCCUUGGGACACCUGAGUAGUGAUCAACCGGCCGACUACAGGCACUUCCUCCAGGACUGCGUGGAUGGCCUAUUUAAGGAAGUCAAGGACAAGUUCAAAGGCUGGGUCAGCUACCCAACCUCCGAGCAGGCUGAACUGUCCUAUAAGAAGGUCAGUGAUGGACCCCCACUAAGGCUUUGGAGGUCAACCAUUGAAGUCCCUGCUGCACCUGAGGAGAUCUUAAAGCGCCUUCUGAAAGAACAGCACCUCUGGGAUGUGGACCUUCUGGAUUCAAAGGUGAUCGAAAUCCUGGACAGCCAGACUGAAAUCUACCAGUACGUCCAAAACAGCAUGGCGCCUCACCCUGCUCGGGACUACGUCGUGUUGAGGACCUGGAGGACUAAUUUACCCAGAGGAGCCUGCGCCCUCCUCCUCACCUCUGUGGAUCACGACCGGGCGCCCUUGGCAGGUGUGAGAGUUAAUGUGCUCCUGUCCAGAUAUUUGAUCGAACCCUGUGGGUCAGGAAAAUCCAAACUCACCUACAUGUGCAGAGCUGACUUAAGGGGCCACAUGCCAGAGUGGUACACAAAAUCUUUUGGACAUUUGUGUGCAGCUGAAGUGGUAAAGAUCCGAGACUCCUUCAGUAAUCAGAACCCUGACACCAAGGAUACCAAAUCUAGGUGACUGCUGAGGUGGAGCACCUAAGUCUGCUACCUGGGUGAUUGUCUCUAGAGCCUUGCCAGUCCUAGGAAGGGUUCGUCUGGGUCUGAUUGACUACCGAGAUUUGACACGGUCUUAAAGCUGCUUCCUGUUUGUCUUAGGUCUACACGAUAGACCUUGACUGGAAUUUAUAAGACUUGCGGGGGGGGGGGGGGGGGGUACUUGUAUUAUUCAGAUUGCUUCUGAGAAGCAAGAACUCUUUCAGCGCGUAAUGGAAGAUGAUGAAGAGACGUGAUUCUCCUGUGACGUCAGCGUAUGUGUACCCAUGUCCUUUGUUUGCAGCAUGUCAGGGGACUGUUGUAUCCACUGGAAUAGUUGGUACUUAUAGGCAGGUUUUCUCACUGACAACGAGCAGAGAACGGUUUGCCCAGGGGAGUGUGAAUGUGUGUGUUGCUGGCUGAAUGGCAUAGAUGAAGGGAUGGGGGUGCAGUGUCUGGCACACUGAGCAUCCGCAAAGGAUGCUGAUAAACCAGGUUUAGCUCAACCUGGAAUAGCUGACUGACUAUCCAGGGAUCCACCCAGAAGGAGAACCCAACUGCCUUCUCCAUUCCCUCCCUAGUUUAUUAAACGUUUUUU